AUGUCUGGCUACCCUGGACAGUACGGUUACGGCGGUGGUCAUGGCGGUGGCCACGACGGAGGCUACGGUGGAGGUUAUGGCGGAGGUUACGGCGGCGGGUACCAGCCUCCCUCCGGUCCGCCCCCCUCUCACCACGGUGGCUACGGCGGAGGCUAUGACCGCCCUCCUCCCGGCCCUCCGGAGGGCUACGGCUCCUACAGAGAAGCGCCUCCCAACCCGAACCCUGACAGCAGCUACAUCGGGAGAUACCCUCCUCCCUCCCAUCCACCCCCUCCUGGCUUGGACGUUUAUGGUUACCCCAUCAAUCACCGCGGUGACCAGGGAAGACCUCACAUGCCCACCGUGAACUCCAACGACUGGGCUCACGGUAACAGAAGUGCUCCUCCUCCCCCACCGUCAGGUAUUCAGCAGUUUGGUCAUGGUGCUCCUGAGGGUUACGGUUUCCAGUACUCCACUUGCCAGGGCAAGAGGAAAGCCCUUCUUAUCGGCAUCAACUACUUCGGUCAGGAUGGUGAGCUACGCGGCUGCAUCAACGAUGUUAAGAACGUCUCCGCCUUCCUCAUUGAGCGCUAUGGCUACAAGCGCGAGGACAUGGUCGUACUGACCGACGACCAACGCGAGCCCAUGGGCCAGCCUACUAAGCAGAACAUCCUCCGUGCCAUGCACUGGCUCGUUCAAGGCGCUCAGCCCAACGACUCGCUCUUCUUCCAUUAUUCGGGUCACGGCGGUCAGACCGAGGAUCUCGACGGCGACGAGGACGACGGUUAUGACGAGGUCAUUUAUCCGGUCGACUUUAAGGAGGCCGGCCACAUCGUCGAUGACGAGAUGCACCACAUCAUGGUCAAGCCGCUGCAGCCCGGGGUCAGGUUGACGGCCAUCUUCGACUCGUGCCACUCUGGUUCCGCGCUGGACCUGCCAUACAUCUACUCAACCAAGGGCGUUCUCAAGGAGCCUAACCUGGCCAAGGAGGCUGGCCAGGGUCUUCUCAAUGCCUUUACGGCCUACGCCUCUGGUGAUCUUGGUGGUGUCGCCAGCUCCAUCUUCAGCUUUGGCAAGCGUGCCAUUGCGGGUGACGACGCUUACGAGCACACCAAGGAGACCCGUACCUCGCCUGCCGACGUCAUCAUGUGGUCCGGCAGCAAGGACAGUCAGACAUCUGCCGACGCUACCAUCGCGAACCAGGCCACCGGCGCCAUGUCGUACGCCUUCAUCUCAGCCCUCAAGGCCAACCCUCAGCAGAGCUACGUGCAGCUCCUCAACAGCAUCCGUGACGUGCUCGAGGAGAAGUACACCCAGCUGCCCCAGCUUUCUAGCAGUCACCCCAUUGACACCGAUAUCUUGUACGUGAUGUAA